CUUUUAAUUAUUGAAUUAUAAAGCACAAUAUAUUUUCGUCGUACACUAUAUUUAUAUAGUAUAUUUUUUAAUAUAUUAAUUGAAUUGGCGGGUUGGCGGAUUUGUCCUUAUGGUCCGCCGUCCUAAGAUAUACUUUUAUUAGCAAGCAGGUAUAGAUGACGUCUUUAGAAUUGGAAUAUACAUGAUGAUAAUAGGCUUUGCCAGUGUCGGAAUCGGCUUAUAUUUCGCAUAUAAGGUCUUUGACCGCCGUACCAUGCUCUUAAUCGGGACUGGAGGUGCAGUGGUCUCUAUGCUUGGUCCGGCUCUGGGAGCCACGAUCGCCCCCGACACGCCGGCAUCCGCGAAGACCUUCGUCGCAUUCAAUUUCCUCUAUGUUAUCAUCUAUGGCGGUUUCGCAGGCUCGAUGACGUGGCCUAUAUCGGCUGAGGUCGUAAAUUCGCGCUUGCGUGUGGCAACCUUGUCCUUUGCUACCGGUGUGGACUACAUCUUCGCCUGGCUCACCUCCUUUUGUUCGCCGUACUUCAUCAAUCCGACUGCGAUGAAUUGGGGAGCUAAAUAUUGCUGGAUCUGGGCCGCGUCCAACGCCUUAACGUUCGCUGUAUUUUGGUUCUUCUUGCCCGACAUGAAAGGCAGAUCUUUGGAAGAAAUUGAUGAAUUAUUUGAAAAGCGGGUGCCUGCUCGAGAAUUUUCCACGUUUGAGUGUCAAUCUUCCUCACAGGCCCACGAGAUUGUUCUACACAAGAUGGAAGAAGCGAAGAUAACCGUUCAGCAUGUUGAGAAGAAAGAUUGAGAAAUUCAUUUCAAUCAUUUCCUCUACCGACCUAUGUGAAAUUAGAAGAAAAAGCCUACAGGGCUAUCCCGGGACUCAGCCCCUGAGUUGGUUAUUCUUGACGUAUGUGGACUCGGUAAAUGCAGCCACGCCGGCGAUUGCGCAUCUUCUUAUUCGUCAAGGAAAUUCUGUAUCGGGCUUCCAGGCACUCCAUGGACUCCAUGGGAACAGCCGUGUUGUACUACCUGCGGGAAUGAACGAGAUUCGUCAUUUAAUGAGAAAGUUAUAUCUGAC